UUGCCCCCCGGAGAUAAACAGAGCCGCAGGUGCUGAAAGCAAAGUUUGCACAGAGCUGCUAAGGAUAACGUCGUAGAGACUUGUGGAAAGAGUGUAGGCGUUGCAGGGUGCAGCCGGGAAGGUGGAUAUGAGCGGGGGUCAGGCAGGGAACGGCUACGUGGGGGUGGUGCAGGAUUCAAAGCGGGUGAAGCUGAGCUCUGCCUUCGCGCGAGUGCCGCCCGUGCCGCUGCCGGAAGCGUUCUUGAUGAAAGAUCUAUACCUGGCCGACGAGAACCCGAACAAGAUCAACCUUGGCGUAGGCGCAUAUAGGACAGAGGAGGGUAAGCCGUGGGUGCUCCCCGUCGUGAGGACCGUGGAGGCCCAGAUGAGUGCAGACCCGACCCUCAAUAAGGAGUACCUCCCACUGCCCGGCAUGCCGGCUCUGAUAGAGGGACUCACCAGACUCCUGCUGGGGGAAAGCAGUCUCGCCAUCACCCAGAACAGGGUA